UCUUCCUCUUCUUUUUAUUUUUUUCCUUCCUAUUUUCGGCAUUCUUUGCUGAACUAGUCCAAACGCCGUCGGAUCAUCCAACGACACCAUCUACGCUCCCAAUAAAUUGCUCCAUCUUUAAUACCAUGCACUGCAUCACUCCAUCUUCAAUUUGAUUUUCGGUUUUUGCUCCCUCUGUAUAAUUUAUCUGUAUUUCGGUGAAAGGGUGAUCAGGCAGUGAAAAGAAGCUGAUUAGGUGGCGAAUUCCCUGCCCAAACAGAGAACAGAAUCUAGAGAAAAAGCAGAAGGAAGAAGACAUGGCAAACAACUCAUAUGAGGAAGCCGUUGCAGGACUGUCAAAGCUUCUCAGUGAGAAAGCUGACCUUGGGAGCGUCGCCGCCGCAAAAAUAAAGCAGAUAAUGGCCGAGUUAGAGGCUGCUUCUACGGCGGAGUUUAACCCGGACGAGCAGAUAAAAGCCGGGUUCAUCCACUUCAAGACAGAGAAAUAUGACAAGGAUCCCAACCUGUAUAGUGCACUCGCCAAAGGCCAGAGCCCCAAGUUUAUGGUAUUUGCUUGCUCUGAUUCUCGAGUUUGCCCUUCUCAUAUCCUCAAUUUCCAACCAGGGGAGGCCUUUGUGGUCCGCAACAUUGCCAACAUGGUCCCACCAUAUGAUAAGACAAAGUACUCAGGAGCGGGGGCAGCCGUUGAAUAUGCAGUGCUGCAUCUAAAGGUGGAGAAUAUAGUAGUCAUUGGCCACAGCCGCUGCGGUGGUAUUAAGGGGCUCAUGUCUAUCCCAGAUGAUGGGACCACUUCUAGUGAAUUCAUAGAAAAUUGGGUCCAAAUCUGCUCAACUGCAAAGGCCAAGGUUAAGACAGACUGCAACAGCUUAAGUUUUGAAGAGCAAUGCCACAAUUGCGAGAAGGAGGCUGUGAAUGUUUCGCUGGGAAACUUGUUGACGUAUCCAUUCGUGAGAGAAGGAUUGCUGAAAAAAACUCUGGCAUUGAAAGGUGCACACUAUGAUUUUGUCGAGGGAAAUUUUGAGCUAUGGGAUCUUGAUUUCAAGAUUACACCCUUUUCAGCUGUAUGAGCUAUUCCUGCAACCUCAUGUGACCCUCCCUUCCAUUUCACACACACAUAUAUAUAUAUAAUAAGUUUUUCUCUUGCAGUGAAUGCUGUAAAUUUCCUAAUGAAUAAUAUCUUGAUAAGAUGAAACUGUGGCCUAUGCCUUUGUAUUUACUUUCCCUAAUAAAAUUAAUUUUUUUUUUUUUA